AUGGCGUUGCAGUCAGCGAUCCGUUUAUGUGUGUUGAUCCGCAGCCGUAGUUCAUCGAUUAUAUUCACCAGGGACCGAUCAUUGAUUGAGCCCCAACUGCCCCAACCGUUCCAACCGUUCCAACCGCCCCAACCGCCCCAACCGUUCCAACCGCCCCAACCGCCCCCCCAACCGUUCCAACCGCCCCAACCGCCCCAACCACCCCAACCGUUCCAACCGCCCCAACCGUUCCAACCGCCCCAACCGUUCCAACCGUCCCAACCGUUCCAACCGCCCCAACCGCCCCAACCGUUCCAACCGUUCCAACCGCCCCAACCGCCCCAACCCCCCAACCACCCCCAACCACCCCAACCACCCCAACCGCCCCAACCGCCCCAACCGCCCCAACCACCACCCCCCCCGCCCCAACCGUUCCAACCGCCCCAACCACCCCAACCGCCUCAACCGCCCCCCGCCCCAACCACCCCAACCGCCUCAACCGCCCCAACCGUUCCAACCGUUCCAACCGCCCCAAUCGCCCCAACCGUUCCAACCGCCCCCAACCGCCCCAAACCGCCUCAACCGCCCCAACCGCCCCAACCGCCCCAACCGUUCCAACCGCCCCAACCGUUCCAACCGCCCCCCAACCGUUCCAACCGUUCCAACCGCCCCAACCGCCUCAACCGCCCCAACCGCCCCCAACCGUUCCAACCGCCCCCAACCGCCCCACCGCCCAAACCGCCCCAACCGUUCCAACC